GAAUGCGGAAGCGGCGGCUGUUGUGGACGGUGCACGGCGGUGGAUGGUCGGUAACGGGAGAAUAACGGCAGAAGAGCAGCCUGUCUGCCGUUGAUGAGUGCGUGAUGUUGGAGAAACCCGAGGAGGCGACCGGAAACCUCAGCGACGCACUGCUGCUAACGGAAGCUAACGGCUAACAGCGGAGGAAGCAGCCAUGGCAGAGGCCGGGGCCCACCUGACCUCCACCGCCGCGAACGAGCAGCCGUCCAUCUUUGAGGUCCUGGCACAGGAGUCUCUGAUGGAGUCGGUCAGACCAGCACUGAGGCACGCAGUCAAGGUCCUGGCGGAGUCCAACCCUUCCCGAUUCGGUUUCCUGUGGCGACGCUUCGACGAGCUCUACCUGCUUCUGGACCUCCUCCUCCAGAACCACUUCCUGUCUCACUGCAGCGCCUCCUUCUCCGAGAACUUUUACGGCCUGAAGAGAGUUUCGGGAGGGCGAGGACUUCCUGUUGGCCUGGGGCUGCAGGGGAAGUCUCACUGGCGCUCUCUUCUUCUCCUGUGCCUGGUGCCGUACCUGCGGGCCAAGCUGGAGGCGACGCUGGCACGUCAGAGGGACGAGGAGGACUUCUCCAUCCGGCUGGCGCAGAGCAGGGGCCAGAGGCUGUACCGGGCGGCCGUGGCGGCGUACCCUUACGUGAGCUCAGCGUGGCAGGCCUGGGUUUUCUGCCAGCAGCUGCUCUUUGUCUUUGGAGUCUCCGGGACCCAUAAUCCCCUGCUGUGGCUGGCCAGGGUCAGACUGGCACGACUUAACGCUCAAGAUAUCAAAGACAUGGAGCUGAAGACCGGCAAAACUGGCACCCCAGCGGAGGGGAGCCUGGUGCAGAGAGCGUGGUGGUUGAUGUCACAAGCAGCCAGGGGCGUGGCCGUGUCCCUCUCCACCUCCCUCUCCAUGGGCGUCUUCUUCCUGCAGUUCCUGGAGUGGUGGUACUCCUCGGACAACCAGAGCGCCGUGAAAACCCUCACCUCGCUGCCCGCUCCUCCACCGCCCCUCCACCUGCAGCAGGAGCGCAGCGGCCGGGACUCUCCGCCCACGUCGGCCAGUCGCAGUGGAGGCGCCCAGCCCGGCUCCGACUGCAGGAACUGCCCGCUGUGCCGGAGGCUUCGCACCAACGCCACAGUGCUGUCCACCUCCGGCUUUGUGUUCUGUUACCGCUGCAUCUACACAUACGUGAAGGCCAACCGCCGCUGUCCGGUCACUGGCUACCCCACCGAGCUGCAGCACCUCAUCAAGAUCUACUCGCCGGAGAGCUAGACUACAUCAGUGUGUGGAGUCUCUGACUACUGACUUUUUUUUUUUUUUUCCAGAGAACAGUGGCCUUGCGAGGUUCCCUCUGGUGUGAGGAGCUGCAGGCUCUCUGUGCUCAAAUACUGUCUAUUUUUUGGGAUAAACACACUGUGUUUUCCUUUUGUAUGAAAUAAGCUUUGCAAUAGUGUUUGAUCAUUGCUCAGUGAUGCAAGCUGAUUUAUAUCUGAUGCUGGAUUUCUCUUUCAGCUCACGUCACAUUCAAUAUUUAUAAUUUCAUUAUUAAAUUGUAUUUUAAUGUUAA